GCAUCGGUCUGAGCACACUUUUCUUGGUAUCCGUGAGUGUGUGUCCAUGUGAUGAAAAAGUCGAUUCUUGCCCUACUAAUAGGCGCGGUCAUCGCGGCAGCGGCUCAAGAUGCUCCGGGGAACGGUCACAGCGUGAUCCCGAAGGGGGCGAACGCUGAAAUCAAAUUAUGGUGGAAUGAAUAUCCAUGCCCGGAAAGUUCGCCGACCUACUCAUUGUCUAUCUGUCUUGACAAGCGCUGUACACCGGCUGUCACAGAUCAAUCAAACUACACCGUCAAAGCUGGAUUCGGAGUCCCUUUCCCAAUCGCUUUCUGGAACGAAUACACCAUCGGCGUCGCAGCGGAAUGCGCAGGAAAAUCGGAAAACGUGACAUUUUUCCGUGUAGAAACUGGGCCUGGAGACCUGCUCCCGUUGCGGAAGUUUUCCGUGGCCUCUGAUAGCACCGAGGUUCGCCUCUCUUUCACGAACCCGGAAGGCUCAUCCCGAGAUGCGGCCCAAGCAAUUCGAGUGAAAGUUUGCGAUCUACUCAACGUUGCCGACUUCUGCUCGAUUGAGGAAUCUCUACCGUCCCCAAGGACCGAUUUCACUUCGCCCCUGGAGCCCGGAGUGCUUUACAACGUGUCCGCUAUCCGUGUGAGGCAGGAAAAUUCAACCGAGUACACGAGUCAAGCGUUGACAGACAUUUUCACGACAGCAUUCUCAAUUGGGAAGCAUUACUCCCCGGUCGAGAACCUGACGGUCUCCCUCGAGCCCGAGAGCGGAAUCAGUAGGAACGGCAUCGAGGAAAAUCUCGUCAAGGUCUCAGUUUCGUACUCACGGCCAUCAGGGAUCGCUGAUCGAAAUUUCAAAGGAGUCUUCGCUGAGCUGUACGACACCUACGAUGGGCAGAGACGCGGAGAUUUCAAAUCAUAUGGGGCGCCACUAUCGUUCCCAGGAGUUCCUCUCCAUCGGAUUUGCAACGUCACCGUUUAUGCGGUGCACGGGGACGGGGGGAGAAUAGUUUUGUCACGCCCUGAGGAACUCGCCUUCUUCUCCGGAGCCGGAGAUGUUGCAGAAGCUUCCUUCACUGUCGACGCUGAGGGGCCGUACGCGAAGAUCCACGUAUUCUGGGAGAAAGAGCUCUGCAAGGAAGGGGAAGUCCGGUACAAGCUAACCCUCUGUCGAGGGAAAUCCGACUGCAUCGAGGGCACUACACAGGAGAUGAAAUACACUUUCGAGAGCACUCCUGAAUUCCCGCUCAUUCUCUGGACGUCAUACAACGUUACCAUCGAGGGAGCCUGCGGUGGCGGCCCAUUCGUGAGAUUGCAGGACUUUGUUGCGGACUCGGGACCCGGAGAGCUGCUCCCUCUGCGAAGCAUCACCGUGAUCCCGGAAGGUGAUGCGGUCAACAUCUCUUACACGAAGCCCGACAAGAGACUGCAGAACGUGGCGCAUAAAGUCGAGUUACAAAUCACAGACGUCCUCAAUGGGAAUUUCUCCGCAGUGGAGAACGUCCCGAUUGAGGAGGACGGUUUCAGAUUCGCCCAUCUCGAAGACGGACAUGUAUACACUAUCGCAGCGCGUCUAACCAAGAGUCUUAGAGCCCCCGUAGCGGCCCUUUACACCAGCCAAGCUCUGACGAGUUUGUUCACUACGGCACUGCAGGUGAAUAAUCUCCCCCGUGUGGGGAGCAUUUCUAUCGCAGUAGGACCGAGCGAUUCCGUGGACACCGUCGAAGUCACGGUCACUUGUACGAAGCCGGCCAGCCGAAGGCUAAACGUCUUCAAGGGAUUCUUUGUAGACUUGAUCGAUUACACGAAUGCGCAGAAGAUCAGCAGCUUCACGACGAACGGGACCACUUUGACCCUUUCGGGAGUGCCGUCGUACCGAAUCUUCAAUGUGACCGUACGCGCUCUGUAUCAAGUGGCCGGGAUGCUGGUCCAAUCACCUGACCGCAAAUCCUCCUUCUUCUCUGGAAUCGAGGACACUUCUAAAUUCGGAUUCAACUUGACUUCUGACGGCCCGACUGUCAAUAUUGGGGUCUUCUGGCAGGGAGUUACUUGUAUGGAGUCCGCAGCAUCCUACCAGCUGACCUUGUGUCGGGAAGACUCGAACUGCAUAACGCGGUUGACAGACACGACGACCUACAUUUUCGAGAAUGAUCCACGAUUCCCUAUUGUGUUCUGGAAUGUGUACAACAUAAUCGUCGAAGCGGCUUGCGAUGGACCCUUCGUGAAAAUUCAACACCUCUCCGCUGAUACGGGACCUGGAGAAUUGCUUCCACUGCAGAAGGUCACGAUGACUGCAAGCGCCGACGCCAUGGAGAUUUCCUUCGUGAAGCCCGAUGAGAAAAUACAAAACGUCGCGGAAACCCUGCAAUUAGUCGUCUGCGACUUCUACGCCGAUACUUGCUCCGAAAUGAUCACUUUACCGAUAGAGAAGGCCAAUUACACGCUCGAGAGCCCGAAAACCGGUGUUCUGUACGAUUUCCGCACAGUUCUGGCGAAACAAUUCAAUGGAUCGACCUAUCGGAGUGGAGUUGCCUCGAGGAUGUUUGUCGCGAGAUACCCGGAUGAGAACGAGUACCCGCGUGUCGGAAAUGUCACGGUCGAAAUAGAGCCGAGUGAGGUGUUGGACCACGUCAAAGCCACGAUCAGAUCUUUGAAGCCGGUGGACAAGGCUGGAAGGAAAUUCGAAGGGAUCUUCGUGGAGCUCUACGAUGUCGAAGAUGACCAAUAUCUUGAGUACCGCUCUUCCGAUUCCAAUGUUCCCGAAGUGAUUAUUCCGGCACUCCCGCUCCAUUGCACCAUCACAGCUACGGCCCACGCUCUCUACAAACAGAAUGGCUCUUCGAUCUUAUCAGCCGGUCGGGAGGUGACCUUCUUCAGCGGAAGCGGAGACGCUUCAAGAUCAGGCUUCGACGUCAUUGCCGACGGACCUCUAGCGGCGAUUGAGCUUUGGUGGGAGGAAUACGUCUGUAAGGGGACGCCCCCAUCCUACCGUGUCACCGCCUGUCUGGGCACCGUUUGCGUUCAACACAACACGGAUCGAACGGAGUUCGAGGUGACGAAUGGUUUCUCAAUCCCUGUGAUCUUCUGGACAUCCUAUAAGAUAACUAUCGAAGGUCGAUGCGCUGGAACAUGGGUGAAAAUUCAAGAAUUCUUCGCAAACACAGGGCCAGGAGAGUUGCUCCCGCUGCAAUACUUAUCUGUGGUACCAGGGAACAACUCCACCAUCGUUUCGUACGUCUUCCCAAACAAGGCGUCACAAGAAGUGGCGGACAGUGUAGAAUUGAUUGUUUGCGACGUACUCGCAAAUAACUGCCGUCAGGCCGAGAACAUCCCGACGAAAGAAAUCAGCAACACCCUCACCGACCUCAAACUCGGAGUACUGUACAGUGUCUCCGCACGACUCGUUAAGAAACAAGCGGAUUUGAAAUACAGCAGUUUGGCAAUCAAGAGGAAUUUCACGAGCGGACCGGCCGACGAGAAACUUUUCCCCCCCGUGGAGACCCCCGAUGUUUCCAUGGAACCUGGUCCUUCGGAAAACGAAAUCCUGGUCAAUUUGACGUGUUUGGAGCCGAAGCGUGUCGGUGACAAAAUUUUCUACGGGAUCUUCGUGGAAUUGUACGACUUCGUGGAAAAGCGAAUGAUAAAUACCAUUGCGACCCCCGGAACCAAGCUUCGGCUUCCCCCGUUGCCACGCUACCGCAGCUUCAAUGCGACUGUUCAUGCCGUUUAUAAGGACGGAACAGAUUCCGUUCAGUCCGUCGGUCGGAGAAUUCAUUUUUUCACCCACAUCGGAGAGCUGAAGGUCCCGAAGCCUGAAAUCGUCAAAUUGGCGUCCGUCACCGGCACAACCGCUGUGGUCCUCUGGUCACAGCGGACAUCGACAUUGACACUGCCCUUGUUGUUCAAAGUGACCUUGAAAGAGGUCUCGAGCGGUAAGGUCUCAACUGAGGAAGUGGAUAAUCCGGAGAGUAAAGGCGUCGUACUCCGGGACCUCAAGCCUCAGACGGAGUAUGUCGUCAGUUUGACCGCCUACAUUCGAGCUGAGCAGAUGUACCAUCAGACUUCGGAUGAGAAGAAAGUCAUCACCGCGACGAAAGAUGCGUUGAAACCUGUCUUGAAAUUGAAGAGCCUUGAGCCCGACUACAAACUACAGCUGACAUGGGACGUCCUUGUGCCUCCCGAGGCUGCCGAAACAUGCUACUUCGUGGCAAUGAUAUGUUCGGACCGGAAACGAUGCUCAGAUCGCAAGAUAAGCGACAAGAACCUUCGCUCAACCACAUUCGAUACACUUCCGUACACAAAUUACACUGCUUGGGUCCGAAGUGAAUGCAGAUUCGAAGAAGGCCUCUUCGUCACCGUCGAAUCGGAAUUCCUUCAGUACACUACAAACGAAGUUCUGGCUCCGGUCGAAAGAAUAGAAUACACUGCUCUAAGUGAGACUUCUGUCGUCGUCAAAUGGACCGUCCCGAAAAAUCAAAUCUAUACGGAUUUCAACGUGCAGUGGACCAAGAUCGGAGGAGACGGAUUCGUCGCAUCCACGGAUCUCAAAGCUCUGGAACUCAAUCUCGACAGUCUCGAUCGUGCAAGCGGCUACAAAGUGCAAGUGAAAGUUGUCAGGGAGUACAAAGGAGAAGUUUUCCACUCGGAGCCCACUGCCAUCUCGGUGUAUCCCAAGUUUCCAGCGCCUCCUCAAGUCACUGGACUUAUUGCGGGUCAGAAGCCCUAUAGGAAUACAAUCACGGCGAGGUGGUCGAGAAUCGAUUCGGACCAUGGAACGAUCAGAUACAAAGUCAAGACUGUCUGUCUCGAGACCAACACGUGGCAGACGACCGCUGUCGAGAUUGAAUUCAGUUCAUCUAAAAUCAAGGAAUACAAAACGGAGUGCAAUGUCAGCGUUUCAUCCUGCCUGCAGGAUCUGAGAGAGGAUUUAGUCUGCUCUCAGCCUGUCGUGGAGACCUUCAGCUUUUUCUCCUUACCCAAACCUACGGCAGUCAAGACGAGCUUCCAAAAAGAUGGAAUCUACGAUGUUGAAGUGAGCUAUCCCUCAUUCGUGAGCCAUCUUGAGAACAUCGGAUAUCAGCUCGCAAACAAGGCUGGGCUUUACUCGUCCACGUGUCGGAAGAAAGGCACCAAGUCCUCUAUCGUUGACUAUCGCUACGACCAGCGAGUGACCAGGAAGGCUCGUCUCUGUAUCAAUGACCUCGUGGGGGUAGAGAGCGAAUUCUCCUUCGAGACGAACGUAGGCGUGCCCGGAAUGCCUUCCGAACCGAGAGUUCAAGUCGACUUGAGGACUCUGAAGAUAGAAUGGUCGAAACCUGAGGACGCGAGAGGUCCCAUCAAUGGAUACAUUGUCGACAUCAGUUUUGGUGACUCUCGGGAGCCCAACGAAGCCAUCACCCUGAGGACGUCACAGAAUAACCUGACGGUCACAGUCGACGAAGAGUACACGAGAUAUAAGGUGGCAGUUCGAGCUUACAAUUUGGACAAAUUCGACAAGAAAGCCGAGAGAAUCGGCUGGAACUCAGUGGCUUACGUCAAAACCCUGGGGAAAGGUCCCCCGCCACCAGAAAACUUUGAGAAGACUGUGAUCGAGGGCCGCUCCAGAAUUCACUGGGAGGAGGUCAAAGAUCCGAGAUUCAACGUCACAUGGUAUAAGGUCCUCGCUACGUCGAUGACGGAUUUAUCACAGACGGAACUGUGCGACGAAAAGCCGCUUUUAGAUCUUUCCGUUCUGACUCCUUACACCGAAUACCACGUCGAAGUCUCGAGCUGUGUCGAUGGAGACUUAUCACCGUGUGGUAAACCCGGGAAAUUCAUGGUGACUACCGACGCAUCCAAUCCAGGUCCACCAGAUGUGAUGCUGGUGGAAGCGAAUGCGACCUCUAUGAGCAUUCGUUGGACGAUCCCCAAAGCAGCCAAUGGUCCGAUCGAUGGUUACGAGUUCGCGUACAUGGUGAAAGCGUCCGGGGGAACUCCCUCCGAGUGGUCAAGAACAAACAGUCAGGAUCGUUUCACCGAGUUGAAAGACCUGGCGGCGGGGACGGAGUACUUGAUUCACGUUCGAGCUUUCAACUUGAACGCACUGAGUGAUCCGAUGUACUCGUCUGUGGGAGUCCUCACGGCGUCGACAGAAGGAUCCUCAUCGGCGGGUAUCCUCACCGGAAUGCUCAGUGUUUUCGGUAUUUCGCUUCUGUGCGGACUCUCGUACGCCGGGUAUAUCCUAUACAGAAAGAGAACGAGCAAUUCUCUCCUGCUAAAUAGAGGACCUCAACGUGACUCAUGUGCGGCCCUGCAAGAAAUAGAUCUCUAGAAACGACAGAAUAAUAUUCUCAUGACGGAACGAACAUUUCCCCUGUGCUUCAUCUGUGCCUACUACAACAUCCCAUGACCUUCUCACACCGUUUGCGGAGGAAGAAAGAUUUCAAUAAAAAAUAUGGGACCAAGCUGUCUCUUGAUAAUCCUUUGG